GACCCAACACUCCAGCAGAAGCGGGGAACCCAACCAGACCCGCCUCGUCUCCGCGUCUUCCACCACACCUCUCCUUUCCCGCCUCCCGAGGGCUCGCCCCUCUCACCGACACAUGGGCCCCACAACCCGCGCCCGCUUCGUCUACAACCGCCGCCGCCGCGCCGUCGAGGAGGCCUCCGACGACGAGGAGGAGCAGCAUGACACCUCUUCGUCCUCCGAUGAAGAAGAAGAAGAAGCGGAGGAGGCCUCCGGAGAAGAAGUCGAUGACGAGGAGGAAGCGGCCGCUGCCGAGCCCGGGGCCAAGAAGCCUCCCGCGGCUGCGGCAGCGGGGGAGAGAAGGGGCGGGAGGAAGGACCCCAUCACCAUCAGCCUCAAGAAAGUGUGCAAGGUGUGCAAAAGGACAGGGCACGAGGCAGGGUUCAAGGGGGCUGUGUACAUCGACUGCCCCAUGAAGCCUUGCUUCCUAUGCAAGAUGCCAGGCCAUACAACCUUGACUUGCCCACAUAGAAUAGCAAUGGAACAUGGUGUUAUCCCAGCCCCUAGAAGGAAUACAAACACUUCAUUGGAUUAUGUCUUUCAGAGCCAAGUUAAGGGCAAGAUUUCCAUGGUUAAGCCUCAGUUUCUGAUACCCAACCAAUUAGAUUGUGGAAACGUAAAAUUUCAUCAGAGGCGUGUGACUUGCUUGGAAUUUCAUCCAGCUAGGAACAAUGUUCUUUUAUCAGGAGACAAGAAAGGGCUACUGGGUAUUUGGGAUUAUGUUAAGUUGCACGAGAAGAUUACGUAUGAUUCGGUGCACUCCUGCAUUCUGAACAGUAUGAAGAUCGAUACCGCCAAUGAUGGGGUACUAUAUACUGCUUCCUCUGAUGGUACUGCAAGUAGCACAGACCUGGAUACUGGAAUUGGCUCCCCCUUGUUAAAUCUCAAUCCGAAUGGUUGGAACGGUCCGAGCACUUGGCGCAUGAUAUACGGGAUGGACUUAAACACUGACAAAGGUCUUCUUUUGGUGGCAGAUAGCUUUGGUUUUCUUUACUUGUUGGAUAGACGGUCAAAGACGAGAAUUGGACAUCCGAUUCUUAUACAUAAAAAGGGUAGCAAGGUAACCUGCCUUCAUUGCAACCCUGCACAACCGGAAGUUCUUCUGAGCAGCGGAAAUGAUCACUAUGCUCGUAUUUGGGAUACAAGGAAUCUUGUGCCCAACUCUCCCCUUGCCAGCCUUGCUCAUGGACGGGUUGUUAAUUCAGGGUAUUUUUCCCCACAUAGUGGAAAUAAGAUCUUGACAACAUGUCAGGACAACCGAAUUCGUGUAUGGGAUUAUAUUUUCGGUAAUCUGGAAUCCCCAAGUAGAGAAAUUGUGCACAGCCAUGAUUUCAGUCGUCACUUGACUCCUUUCAAAGCCGAGUGGGAUCCAAAGGAUUACACAGAAACAGUUGCAGUUAUUGGCCGCUACAUAAGUGAAAACUACAAUGGUGUUGCUCUGCAUCCCAUUGAUUUCAUAGAUACCAGUUCUGGAAAGCUUCUGGCAGAGGUGAUGGACCCCGACAUAACAACAAUCAGCCCGGUGAACAAGCUACAUCCGCAAGAUGACAUCCUGGCGACAGGAAGCUCAAGGUCCAUUUUCAUUUGGAAACCAAAGAAUGAAGCUGAUCUUAUAGAAGAAAGGACCAAACAGAAGGCUAAGAAAUACAUAUAUGGAUCCGGUUCCCGGAAGAAAUCAAAUGGCAAGCAUGACAAUAGUAGUGAUGACGACUCAGAUGGUGAUUCUGACGGAAAGAACAAGAAAGCGAAGAGGACUCGCUUCACUCAUACCGUAAAGGGAAAGGGCAAAUCCAAAGUUUGAUACUUAAUGUACCUAAUGUGGCAGCACUUUUUAUAAGACGACACCCACUUACCUGUCGCUGCCGCACCUUCUUUUGUACCAUCUUGGCCCCUAGUUAAAAUGCUGAAGAGUGAAGGCCCAUAGUUGUCUACAGUCGUAUCCUAAGGAGUUAGGUUUAGAAAUAUAUAUGUUUCUGUUACUUUUGAAUCCUGGCAUGCUUAUGGUCACUGGUCAAUAUGUGCUUUAACCCUAUAUUAAUAUAUAAAUGCUCAUGUACAGUUGGUUGAAUGCA